AUGAUCAUUGUGGAUGUCAGCAGCUGUGCUCUUGUCUUUCCUCCGUCAGAAUCAGCUGACCAGGAAACAACACAAACAGCUGGAAGAGGAGAGAGAGGGACCGCUGCAGAUUGUUUUACAGCGUGCAGCAGUGCGCGUGUCACGACUGAAAUUGAAGCAGACGACGAAGAAGAAAAGUUUAACCCGGAAGAGAGCUCAAGAAGCGGCUGCGUUGGUAAACUGCAGGUCUUCUUUUUGCGCUGUGACAGCCUCUUCGGAGAGAUGCAGAGCGCAGGAGGCAGCGCUGAUCAGCCUCAUCCUCUGUUUGGAGGAGCUCUAUCAGCCGUCAUCCCCCACAGCGCCACGGACAUCAGCGAGCUGAGGGAAAUCCCGGACAACCAGGAGGUGUUUGCCCACGCCCACACCGACCAGAGCCUGAUCGUGGAGCUGGUGGAGUACCAGACUCAGGUGGCAGACCAGGAUGCAGCCAGGUACCACUUCGAGGACAUCGCAGGCAGCAACAAAGCUCUGGAGCCUGGUGCUUUUGAAGUCACCAGUGUUGUGGCUUUGCCCAAACCCCAGCUGUCUCUGUCAGAGUGCAGCUCUGCCUGGAUGCUGACCGGGACGCAGUGUGUGUCCAAGUUCAACGAAGACGCCAGAAACACAGUGACCCUCCACCUGGGUCUGCUCCGCCUGCAACAGUUCUCCACAGACGUCCUGAUCACCUUCAAUGAUCCACAGAGCAUCAGCCCCGACAGCAGCAGCGCCUCUGCAGUGGGGACACACAAACAACCCUGGACAGUGCAGGAGUUUCAGCGAUUAUUACAGACGCUGACACUGCACAACCCAGGACUGUUUGGUUAGAAUAACUGCAAUUUUCUCAGUAUGGGACCUCACCUGUUGAUAGCUGGACAUUCUCUAUGAUACAUGCAGCAAGGUGGGUUCUGUUUAAAAGAAUCAGGCCCUUAUGUUUUGAAGGAGUAGUGGUCCUAUGUUGCGCAGUGACACACAUGAACAAAUGCUCUGCUUUGGUCUACCAAUUAAAAUUAACUUAAAAAACAAA